CAAAUGAUCAUUGGAUUAUCAUAUGAUAUAUAAUAACCACUGGAGUUUUUUGGGACAAGAUUGUCCUCCAGGCUGUAUGGACGUCACACUACCAUUUGCGUCUCCCUUUUUCAUGGUCAUGGCUAGAAGGGAUACAGUUUUUGUCAAAUUUAGGUGUCAUCAGUGUCCGUGAAGGAGGACAACCUUUUAUUCCCCUCAGACAGACAUCUUUAUUUCCUUAUACCUGGUUAAUCUCUUCUGUCAUGGAGACCUAAAGUCCCCCAGGAGGGAUGUUCCAAUCGGGGGGAGAGGGCUGACCCGCCAUGCCCAGGGUGUGUGUGUGUGUGUGUGUGUGUGUGGGGGGGGGGGUGAGCAUGCGUUUUUGUUCAUAUUCAUCUUGUUUUACAUUAACACCAAACCCCAUAUCUCAGCCCCAUUACACACAGCCAUGCGUUUAGAGUGGUGUCGGUUGAAGAUGGGGAGAGACCAGGGGACAGGGAAGAAACCGUGAGACCAGGGGACAGGGAAGAAACCGUGAGACCAGGGUACAGGGAAGAAACCGUGAGACCAGGGUACAGGGAAGAAACCGUGAGACCAGGGUACAGGGAAGAAACCGUGAGACCAGGGUACAGGGAAGAAACCGUGAGACCAGGGUACAGGGAAGAAACCGUGAGACCAGGGUACAGGGAAGAAACCGUGAGACCAGGGUACAGGGAAGAAACCGUGAGACCAGGGUACAGGGAAGAAACCGUGAGACCAGGGUACAGGGAAGAAACCGUGAGACCAGGGUACAGGGAAGAAACCGUGAGACCAGGGGACAGGGAAGAAACCGUGAGACCAGGGGACAGGGAAGAAACCGUGAGACCAGGGUACAGGGAAGAAACCGUGAGACCAGGGGACAGGGAAGAAACCGUGAGACCAGGGUACAGGGAAGAAACCGUGAGACCAGGGGACAGAGAUGUGUAAGGGAGACCAGGGGACAGAGAUGUGUAAGGGAGACCAGGGGACAGAGGUGUGUAAGGGAGACCAGGAGACGGUGAGACCAGGGGACAGAGGUGUGUAAGGGAGACCAGGAGACGGUGAGACCAGGGGACAGAGGUGUGUAAGGGAGACCAGGAGACGGUGAGACCAGGGGACAGAGGUGUGUAAGGGAGACCAGGAGACGGUGAGACCAGGGGACAGAGGUGUGUAAGGGAGACCAGGAGACGGUGAGACCAGGGGACAGAGGUGUGUAAGGGAGACCAGGAGACGGUGAGACCAGGGGACAGGGGUGUGUAAGGGAGACCAGGAGACGGUGAUACCAGGGGACAGAGGUGUGUAAGGGAGACCAGGAGACGGUGAGACCAGGGGACAGGGAGGAAACGGGGCUUUAGGUCAUGAGUGAGGCUCUAGCAGUCUGUGAAACCAGUCCACAGGGAAGAGGUGAAUCGAUGUGGAGUCCAUCAGGAGGGGACAGAGUGGUGUGGCCUACUCUGGUGGUCUCAGACAGACGGUACUUUGUAGCUCUGUUAGUAGAGCUUGGUGCUUGCAACAAUAGUGGGUUCGAUCACCGGGUGCACCCGUAUAUAAAAUGUAUGCAUGCAUAACUUUAAGUUUCUUCGGAUAAAAGCGUUUGCUAAAUGGCAUUUGUUCUUCUAUCACAGACAGACAGCACCAUCUAAUCAUGUUCUGUUUCUCUGUAGCUUUGUAUUCUUAGCAGAAAAGCCUGCUGGGACACGUUAGGCAAAUCACUUUUUUCAGCUCACUUGUUCCAGCGUAUGUGUGUGUGUGUGUGUGUGCGUGUGUGUGUUUAUUCCCCCUGCCCUGGGUUACUCAUCCCUCUCUCCCUGAGGAGAAUGGUCCUUCCUUUUAUCUAAUUCUACAAACUCUAGAACUAUAUUAAGAAUCCAGAACUUAAUCUAAAACUCGAUCUAGAGGCUAUAUCUAGACUCUAUAAUCUGUAUAUCUAGAAGCUAUAACCCAUAUAUAGACUCUAUAAUCCAUAUAUCUAGACUCUCUAACCCAUAUAUAUAUCUAGCCUGUCUAAUCGGUCUGUGAAUGGACACCCUGGUUCAGCUCCAGAACAGCCCGUUCCUCAUGGGUCUCUGCCGGAACGGAACUCCAGUAGACCUGCAGUAUGACAAUUCUUCAGAACUGUUCCGUAUCUCCACCUUCGCCCGGUUUCCGUCAUUGGGGGUAACGGAGCGCAGUCUGGCGAGGGCAGGGUGGUUCUAUACUGGCGUUGGAGACCGGGUGCAGUGUUUCAGGUGUAACGUGACGGCGGAGGGCUGGCAGACAGGGGACUGUCCAACAGAGAGACACAGACAGCUGUCCUCCUCCUGCUCCUUCAUCCAGACCCUCCCCUCCACAGCCAACCUCCUCUCCUCCUCACACUCGGCCUUCUCUCCUCUACGCAGCGCCCCUGUCAUACCGGUGUCAGGCCCUGGCCCAGCCCCCCUCCCUGUCUCCGCCCCUAACCCUGCUCCCAACCCAGUGCCGGGGGAGGAGCCUGUUGGAUAUUUGAAUAUGGGGUUCUCUGCCCCGCCCCCCUCUAGCCCGCUGAGCUCCAGAGGAGUAGAGGACAUGUCCCACCAGAGACCCCCUACCUGUCACAACCCCAGUAUGAGGAGAGAGCAGGACCGUCUGGACUCCUUCCACUCCUGGAUCCUGUCCAUCAUCACCCCCUCUGAGCUGGCUAAGGCUGGCUUCUAUUACCUGGGACAGGGAGACCGCGUGGCCUGCUUCACCUGUGGAGGACAGCUCAGUAACUGGGAGCCAGGGGACCGGGCCGUAUCAGAGCACCAGAGACAUUACCCCAACUGUCACUUCGUCAGAGGAGACCGGGCCGACAACGUCUCCCUAGCCGGGGUGGUGGUGGGGGGGGUAGCAGGCACCUCUCAGCCCCCCGGGGCAGAAGCCCCAGCCCCCCCGGGCCCCGGCCCCCCAGGUCUAAGCAACGUGUCUAACCCAGCCAUGCAGCAGCGUGAGGAGAGGUUGCUGACCUUCGUCCACUGGCCCUUACGUAUCCCCGUGCGCCCUGACCAGCUGGCCAAGGCAGGGUUCUACUACGUCGGGCGUAAUGAUGACGUGAAGUGUUUCUGCUGUGACGGGGGUCUGAGAUGCUGGGAGUCCGGUGAUGACCCCUGGGUGGAGCACGCCAAAUGGUUCCCUAGGUGUGUGUACCUGCUCCAGGAGAAAGGUCAGGAGUUUGUCCAUCAGAUCCAGGCUCGCUUCCCUCGCCUCUUUGAACAGCUCCUAACCAAUGGGGACAGCAGCUCCAGAGAGUUUGUGGACCCCCCAGGUGAGGAGCGCUCGGAGGAUGCCGUGAUGAUGAACACUGCGGUGGUUGUGUCGUCACUAGAGAUGGGGUUUGAGCGUGGCCUGGUGAAGCAGACAGUCCAGAGUAAGAUUCUGACCAGCGGAGAGAACUACAAGACGGUCCAGGAACUGGUCUCAGACCUGCUGAGUGCAGAAGAUCAGAAGAGAGAGGAGGAGAGAGAGAUGCUGGCCGAGGAGAUGGCUUCUGACGGGCAUUCAUUCUUAAAGAGACACCAGGCAGCGUUGGUCCAGCGCCUGAAGAGUGUUGAGUCUGUCCUGGAGCACCUGCGAGAGCAGAAUGUCAUCAGUGGAGAGGAAUACAGUGGUCUCCAGGGCCAGUCCUCCCAGCAGCAGACAGCCAAACUGAUAGACUUGGUCUUGACUAAAGGGAACGCAGCAGCUGAGGUCUUCAGGAACUGGAUCCAGAAGAACGAUAUCUACCUGCUCAGAGACCUCAUGGCCCAGGCAAAUGAAGCCGCAUCACCGAGUCAAGAUCUCUCAGACCUGCCGAUGGAGGAGCAGCUACGGCGCCUGCAGGAGGAGCGGACCUGUAAGGUGUGUAUGGACAAGGAGGUGAACAUUGUCUUCAUCCCUUGUGGUCACCUGGUGGUCUGUAAGGAGUGUGCUCCCUCUCUGAGGAAAUGUCCCAUCUGCAGAGGACUGGUCAAGGGCACCGUCCGAACCUUCCUCUCCUAGAAGACCUCCAGGAACCAGGGACCCUCCCUGAGGAAAUGUCCCAUCUGCAGAGGACUGGUCAAGGGCACCGUCCGAACCUUCCUCUCCUAGAAGACCUCCAGGAACCAGGGACCCUCCCUGAGGAAAUGUCCCUUCUGCAGAGGACUGGUCAAGGGCACCGUCCGAACCUUCCUCUCCUAGAAGACCUCCAGGAAACAGGGCCCCUCCCAGCACUGUCAAACUUCUUUGACCUAGUCUCCUAUCUAACCCUAGAGAAUAGCUACCAACAGUCUAUUCUAAACGUGUCAUUCUCUAUUCCUGGACGGCUGUGUUUGCUGGUUUUUCUGAUCUCCUUUCAUUUCUUGUCCAAUGAAUUCCUAGAGAACCAGGUGAGGGGAGUUCCUAUUUAAUCAAUAAAGACCUAGACAGUCAGGUGAGGGGAGUUGCUAACUAAUCAAUAAAGACCUAGACAGUCAGGUGAGGGGCGGUACUAUUUAAUCAAUAAAGACCUAGACAGUCAGGUGAGGGAAGUUCCUAUUUAAUCAAUAAAGACCUAGACAGUCAGGUGAGGGGCGGUACUAUUUAAUCAAUAAAGACCUAGACAGUCAGGUGAGGGGAGUUCCUAUUUAAUCAAUAAAGACCUAGACAGUCAGGUGAGGGGAUUUGCUAACUAAUCAAUAAAGACCUAGACAACCAGGUGAGGGGAUUUCCUAACUAAUCAAUAAAGACCUAGACAGUCAGGUGAGGGGAUUUCCUAACUAAUCAAUAAAGACCUAGACAACCAGGUGAGGGGAUUUCCUAUUUAAUCAAUAAAGACUUAGACAACCAGGUGAGGGGAGUUCCUAUUUAAUCAAUAAAGACCUAGACAGUCAGGUGAGGGGAGUUCCUAUUUAAUCAAUAAAGACCUAGACAGUCAGGUGAGGGGAUUUACUAACUAAUCAAUAAAGACCAAGACAACCAGGUGAGGGGAUUUCCUAACUAAUCAGUGACCUUUUAUUGAUCAAUCAAGUACAAGAGAGUAGUGAAAACCCGCAGACACUCGACCCUCGAGGACUGGAGUUUGACACUAUCCCAUAAGCAACAACUCUACAAUCUCACCGUCUCUAUUCAUAUCGGAAUGUAGCCUGUUAAACCUACCUGCUUAACUAUUAACUAAUAUGUUCCUGUGUAGAUAUACACAUUACAGAACUCUGUAGGAAUGCAUGAGGUUAUAUAAAGGCAUAACUAUAAUUGUCCUAUGUAAUCAGUCCAUUGAUAGAGCAUACCACUACUUCCUGUAGUUGUAGUUUCAACUCGACAGAUGUGUAGUAACCAGUGAAGGCCCUGCAUCCUGAAUAGCACCCUAUUCCCUAUUUUGGGCACAUUGGGAACUGGUUAAAAGUAGUGCACCAUAUAGCAAAUAAGAUGCCAUUUGGAACGCAGGGCAGCCAGUCAAGGCCCUCUCAUGUAAAUGCUAGGUUGACUAUUCUGCUGUUGAAUGUUUCAAAUAAAUGCUAGGUUGACUAUUCUGCUGUUGAAUGUUUCAAAUAAAUGCUAGGUUGACUAUU